AUGGCUGCCCCUCCUGAUGCAACAGGCGACGAGGACAAGGCUGUCGCUCCUAAAGAUGACAAUCACUUUUACCUCACUGGAUUCAAACUCUUCUCGGUCCUUGCUGCAGUUACACUUGUUUGCUUUCUUAUCCUCCUUGACAUGUCUAUCAUCGUAACGGCUCUGCCGAAGAUCACCGAUCAUUUUCACUCUCUUGAAGACCUUGGCUGGUAUGGCAGUGCCUACCAGCUUGCCAGUGCCUCUCUCCAGCCUCUCACCGGGAGAAUCUACCACAACUUCAAAUCCAAGUGGACCUUCUUGGCUUUUUUCUUUGUCUUUGAAUUAGGCUCGCUUCUUUGCGCGAUCGCCACGUCGUCCAACAUGCUUAUCAUUGCGCGAGCCGUCGCUGGUUUAGGCUCGUCGGGGUUGAUGAAUGGCAGCUUGACCAUCAUUACCUCUUCAGUCCCGUUACAGAAAUCGCCAAUUUACGUGGGUAUUAUGAUGGGAUGCUCCCAGAUGGGUAUCGUCUUUGGUCCCCUGCUCGGUGGAGCAUUCACGGAAUAUGUUAGUUGGAGAUGGUGCUUCUACAUCAAUCUACCCAUCGGUGCCGUGGUUGCAGCGAUCAUUAUCUUUACCCGCAUCCCGGACCAAGCUGAUAAACCGCCACCGCUUUCCGUCGUCCGGGUCCUUCACAAGAAGCUCGAUCUGCUUGGUUUCGCCCUCUUCGCGCCUGCCGCCAUCCAGCUCCUCCUGGCGCUGCAGUACGGUGGCAACCAGUAUGCCUGGAACAGCUCUACGGUCAUCGGGUUAUUCUGCGGUGCGGGCGCCACCUUCAUCCUCUUCUGUGUCUGGGAGUACCGUCAGGGAGACAUGGCGAUGAUCCCCUUCUCGAUGCUCCGCAAGAGACCCGUCUGGUCCAGCUGUUUGACGAUGUUUUGCAUCUUUGCCAUGGUUCUCUGUGCCGCCUACUAUGUCCCCGUGUACUUCCAGGCUAUCAAGAACACGUCCCCGAUGAUGAGCGGAGUGUACAUGCUCCCCAGUAUUUUGGCCCAGAUGUUGUUUGCAGUGAUGUCGGGAGUUUUGACUGGCAAACUGGGCUACUACCUCCCUUGGACUCUCUUCUGUGGCGUUGCCUCCUCGAUUGGCAAUGGUUUGGUAUCGACCUGGUCACCGCACACCUCCACUGCCCGAUGGGUUGGAUACCAGAUCCUCCUGGGCGCCGGCCGAGGAGCUGGAAUGCAAACGCCUUUCAUUGCAGUCCAGAAUACCCUGCCCCGCGAGCAGAUCUCUAUCGCAAUGGCCAUCCUCAUGUUCACCCAGACCUUCUCCGGCGCCAUCUUCCUGACCUUUGCCGACGUGAUUUUCGACAACAGUCUGAAGACCCUGAUCCCCCAGUACGCCCCCUCGGCAAACUCGGAGGCGAUCAUCGCGGCGGGUGCCACCGCCUUCCGCGAGGUCGUGUCCGAGGACGCCCUUGAAGGUGUGCUGGUUGCGUACGCCAAGAGUAUCGAUCGCGUGUUCUACAUGGCUGCCGCUGUAGGAGCCGCCUCGUUCUUCACCGCGUGGGGGAUGGGAUGGAAGGAUAUCCGGAAGAAGAAGCCCUCACCAGAGAAGGUCUAA